CUGUCCCUCACCAAAACCUGUAGCCAGACUGACAUGUCACUUUGCUAGUCUCUUCACGGUCAUGAUGCAAGGCUGAUCAUCAUUCUUCAGGGACGAUAUUCACUGAACAGAAAUGAUCCGAAUCAGCAACCCCCAAUACUUCCAUUUCCUUGAGCAGGCAGAUUACCUUCGUCGCUCAGGGUUGCUCUGUGACGCCAUCAUCUCAGUGAAGAGUCAAACUUUCCGAGCUCAUCGGCUGGUACUGGCCUGCGCUAGCAGAAAACUAGCGCAGCAGCUAGCCCAGGGAGUCACAGACAACCCAGUCCACUGCACCCUGGAGUAUUUCUCACCCCACACCUUCCAGCAGGUUCUGGACUUCACCUACACACAGACUUUGGAGGUUUCCGUGGAGGACCUGCACCUACUGCUCAGGGCUGCUCAGCUGCUGGAGAUGCAGCUGCUGGAGGAUCAGUGCCGGAAGCAGCUGUACAAUCUCCACUGCAGAGCCAGAAGUCAAGAAAUUACAGAUGUUAAAGAACAAGAAGAAAAUGAAGAAAAUGAAGAGGAUCAAAAGCCAAAACGAAGCCAAGUUUAUGAGGAGAGACUCAGACAGAAAUCUUCCCCUGUGGAGGAGGAAGGCUGCGACAUCAUCACAGAAAACAGUACACUUUCGGAUCCUGCUAAGAACCACAACUGUCCCCAAUCCCAAAUAAAGAAGCCCAAAGUGUCCCCUGUUUCCUACAAUAAAGACAGUGUCAUUACCAGACCUGCCACCAGCAGCUCCUCCUUCUCUUCCCCCUGGAUUCUACCAGCAAACUUGUGGAGCUCUAUGAGCACCCUGAGGCGCAUAGCAGAGUACUCAAACUUAGUUGCAGCUCACCCUCUUCAGCCCCAAAGCCAGUUCUCCCUCUCCACUCCCCACAUAUUCCCUUUAUUUGACCCCCAUUAUCAGAGCUCCAUAGUGGGCUACUCAGCCUUUCAUCCCCAAUACACACAAAACUUUUACCCUGGGUCUAAAGAGACAGGAGACAUCAUCAAACAAGGAGUGUUAAAAAGGAAAAGACUGAGACAGAGAGCAUUCACAGGGAGUGUUCAAACCAGCAACAUGAGUAUUCAGGAGGAACCCAAAGCCAGCCCAGAGAGAGAAAAAGCCUCCCAACACUGCAGAAAAAGCCUCACUGUUGAUCCAGCCUCCACCCGAUCAGGUGAGGCCUGCACAGGGAGUCGGUUAUGUGGAAAAACACACGUUGUGCAACAUGAACCCAAAUCCCAUCGACAGGAGCAAAGAGGAGAAAAACCGUACCAGUGCCAACUCUGUCCUAAGACGUUCAGUCUGAAACAUCAACUGGACACACACCAUCGAGUUCACACAGGAGAGAAACCGUUCGAGUGCCGUCUCUGUGGUCAGCGCUCACGGGACUACUCAGCCAUGAUCAAGCACCUGCGGACUCAUGGCGGCGCAGCGCCCUACCAGUGCACCGUGUGCAUGGAGUUCUGCAGUAGCCUGGUGGCAAUGCAGAGACACGUCAAAGGUCACGCAGUGCAAGACUUCCCCCCUGACUGGAGCAUCAGCAGCACCUACAUGUACACGUCACACAUCUGAACCUCACAGCAAAGACACUCCUGGCUAAGAUAAAUCUCUUGUGGUUUAGCUUUACGUUUGUUACUUUCAUGUGUUGUUAACAUUAUAGAUACGAGAUAUACUGAAGGAUAAAUCCCUGACUCAACUUGCAAAGCACCUUUCAUACGAACAUGCAGCCCAAAGUGCUCCAGAUACAAACAGACAGUAAAUGAGAACAGCAAUUGACAUUGGCAACAGUUAAAGCAUGUAAAAAUGUUCGAAAUUAAAGAAUAAAAUGGCAAAUAAAGUCGGAUGGUCCAUAUUAACGGCAGGGAAAAAAGUAAAAACGUGCCAAAAACAUGGAUCAAAACUUUAAUAUUGCUUCUAACAUUAAUUGGAGCUGUAUACAUUUUCUACUAACACUUAGAUUGCGCUGGUUUCACAACCCCAACAAUAGACUUAUUUAUUUCAGUUGUGUGUUUGAAAGUCAUUCAAUUGUUUAACAUUUCACAUCGAGGCAUGUUAAAGCAUUGAACAUAAAAAGUUGAUGUGCACUGAAAAACAUGAAUCUCCUUACUUUCAUAGUUAUUGGAUCAUUGUGCAAGCUCAGUAGUUCUAACCUAGGUUUAUAGCACCCUCCUGAGGGCGACUGGUGUAUUUAUUUCUGCAGUAGGGCACACAAAUGAAUAUCCAUGACAAAAUGGGAGCAGGGGCUGAGGUAAUACAGGUGCAGGCAUACAAAGUAUUUUUUUUGUUUUUAUUCAUGGAACAUAUAAACAGUUUUGUGUAUUGUGAGAUGACUCUGUCUGAAUCUGUCAAAAAACAUCUUGUGUCAGAUUUGUCAUCGAUUGUCACUAUUUAUAUCCCUACUGAAUUAAAAUUCAAGCAUAUCCAUUUGAGCCUUUUUAAGCAGUGACUUUAUUCAACUCCAUUAUUGAGAGUAAUGCAGGAAGAAUGUUAUCCAGAGUACGUCAACACAACCUUGAACCUACAUACCAUGCAGCAUUCUAACAUGAAAAAGUUUAAGGAAGACUGUAAUGGGAGACGAAAAGGUCACUCAGCAGCUCUAUUAAUAACAAAGCUUAUGCAGGAAACAUGACAGUGUGGAUAUUCUGUAAUGUCAGAAAGUGUGAAGUUAGAAUUUAUGAGGGGCCUUACAAGACAAAAUUAAUUCUGGCCCUCUCCCACACAUAAAUAUCUGUAAGAGAUGUAUGUAUGAAUGUAUUGUGUGGGUUUAUGCAUGUGAAUUGAUUACAUAGGCAGAGCUUUUUUAACUUAAUAGCACUUAAAGAUUGUGUUUAUUUGUGAAACAUUAUUAAAUGUUUUUGUGGUAUAAAAUAAAUAUUUCUCUUUUCUUUCAUUUAAAGACUCAAAUGGGUCAUAUCAUAUUUAAUGAUGGCAUGUGUAUAGAAUAACAGACAAUCCAAUAAACUAUAGCUUACAUAA